UCUUCAAAGAUACAGUAAGAUAAGAAAAAUAAAAAAAGACCAAAAAAAAUUUGAGAAAAAAAAAAAAAACAUUUAUGAGAUGUCAAAAACAGAUAAGCAUCGUUGACAGUUUCGUGAAAACUGAAACAGCGUUGUGACGAGACACGUAGUUACGUCAUUCGUACAUGUGCUACGAUCGACCAAUUGCAGCUUCGGAUCUACGUUGGCGUUUUCCCAUUGGCCGAACUGCUACAAAGAGAACGUUAAAUAAAGGCGUGGCCCGUUGUUUACGCAUCCAAUCGUGUGUUUUAUGCAAAUAUCGUUUAAAAUUUUCCCGGGAAAUCUGAGUUUCGCGGGAGGGCACUUCGCGCGUAAACUGCAUCCCCUCAUUCAUUGUCCGCUUCCUGGAGCCAUUUUUCAGUUUGGCGGCAGAGCGAUUCGGGUCUUUCUCAAAAUCCAAAGCAUCUAACCUUCAUCAGCUACUAAUAUAAAACAAAGCACAGCCAGAUGGGCAGCUGAGACUUUAAUCUCAUAUUCGCCGUCAAUAUUUGUAAAACAAACCCGGCGGAUUAUCAGAAAAACGAGUUUAAACUGAAGGAAGUACAAAGGACACCAGAGUCCACAACGAUGAGAAGAGGGAUCCCAUCAGCCCCGGAGAAAGUCAUAAUCGCAGGGGUUGGUGGCUCUUCGCUGGACAGAAACAUAGUUUUAACAGCACUGUCCGAUCGCUUCACCUCUAAUCUGUCCACUGCCACAUAUAUACAGAUUAUAACCCCGCCGCCGUGCGUUACACAGACUUCCAAUGUCUGUCUGUCCGACCCUUCAACAGCCAGUUUAUACACGACUCCAAACGGAACACAUGGAACAGGACAGCGACCCACUUUAGGACGACCACCGGCAAAAAGGCGGUUGGCGCUAGAUGACACUGAUCACCUUUACAUGACUGAAGGAGCCAAAACCCCCAAGACACAAAAUGGAACUCCACUUGGUAUUCUAAAAGGAAAUAAAACUCCGAAGUCUCCAGCAGAGAAGACGCGGUACGACACCUCCUUGGGCCUCCUGACGAAGAAGUUUGUGGAGCUUUUGGCCCAGUCGUCUGACGGCGUGGUGGACCUGAAUCAGGCCUCUGAGAUCCUCAAAGUCCAGAAGAGGCGUCUUUACGACAUCACCAAUGUUCUUGAGGGCGUCCACCUCAUUAAAAAGAAAUCUAAAAACAACAUUCAGUGGAUGGGCUGUAGUCUGUCUGACGUGGGGGGUGUUUUGACUCAGAGACAGACCCUGAGCAGUGAAAUAACACAACUUGUCCAGGAAGAGCGCAGACUUGAUGAGUUAAUACAAAGCUGCACUCAGGAAGUCAAGCGGAUGACAGAGUCAUCGCAAAAUCAAAAAUUUGCAUAUGUGACAUAUCAAGACUUGCGUCACGACCACGGCCUGAGGGAUCAGACAGUGAUUGUGGUCAAAGCACCGUCAGAAACAAAACUAGAGGUGCCAGAUCCCCAAGAGGGUCUACAGAUGCACCUGACCAGCACAAAUGGUCCUAUAGAUGUCUUCCUGUGUCCAGAUGAGAACACGACUGACAGUCCUGUGAAAAACGGCAGUUGUGGUGUCAAGGGCAGCUCCUCACCUUUCAUGAAAGUAUUAGAUGAUACUAGUUCCAGUCGUUCUGGUCCAGCUGUGACUGUUACCAGCCUGUCUCCCAUCACGUCCCCAUUCACCAGUCUCCUUCAGCAAACAGAAGAUCAGAUCCCCUGCAGUGAAGGACCCUUAAUCAGUCUGGGUUCCCCUCCAUUCAGUGACGAUUACCUGAUGAGCCUAGAGGAAGAGGAGGGAAUCACAGACCUCUUCGAUGACCUGGACAGGCUUCCAAAUCUAGAUGACCUCUUGUGCAAUUGAGGUCAUUCCUACCCCUAUUCCUCGACCUUUAGUUUUCAGGCAUGACCUGAUCAAGCAUCUGCAACACUUAUGGAAUCCAUGUUUGUUAACAGCCUUAAAGAUGGAGUUCUUGAAUCAGGUUUUCUCAUCCGCUCAAGUAUAGAUCUGCCUUACAGAGCCAGGCAUGGAAAAAAACCUUCUCUCCAGCUGUAAUCAUUAUUGUUCUCCAUUCAUGGAAUUUAUGGAAUACUGUCACCGUCAUGUGAUGUUUGGGGAAUGCGAUAUCACUUCCAAAUGUGAUGGUGUUCUUCGUGUUUAAGGUAAAUGGGACAGAAAUAUUUUAUAUUUUGAGUCUUCGAAUGGAAAGGUUCAUUUUGUGGUCCCAUUGGUUCCUGUAGAGGAUUGACGUUGGUUGCUUCAAGUUGAAACGUCAGCUCAACCUACUAUAUUACAUAAACACAUUCACACUAACUGUAAGCCAAUUCACCCCCAGAAGUGGCACAUGGGUGAAUCUCUCAAAGAUAUCAAUGUCAUAUUUCACCCCAAAAUCAAAAGAGAAAAAUACAACAUUUAAUUUAACAUAAAAAGGAAAGUUAUUUUAAGGACCAUUAAGAUUUUUUCAUUGAAACUUUGUCAAUCGAGCACAUUUUCCCCUAAAAUUCUCAGUCUAAUAAAAUAAACCAUCCUGUUACAAUUAGGGUAGUUUAAAUGCCCUUAAUUGUCAAAAAUCCCAUAAACUUGGCUUUAAAAUGACUCUGGACAUUUCUAGACAGUUUUUGUGAGAUUUACCCAAUGAGGGCCACUGUUGGCUUCUAUCAUUGUGAUCAGUUGUCUUGAUCAUUGAUGAGUUAAAAACUAAGCUCCAGUCUCAUCUUAAUGCCUAUAGACCAGAUGUAUGGGUAAGAAGGGAAUCAGACUGGCUUUGAACUGAUUACACUGUUGUAAGAGAAAUUAAGUCCAGACAACUUUAGUUGUUUCUUAGAUGUCCAGUUGCUGUGCUCUGAUCCCAAACUUAAAAGUACCUGCAGAAUUUUGUCUGCUUGCAAGUGGAUAUUUUUAUCCACACCUAAACCAUUGUUUAAUUUCAACAAUGAGAGUCUUGAUUAGAUUGAGUUUUAUUUUGUUUUUCUUUGCUCAGUCUGCUUUUAAAUGCAAGGCAGUUGCCCUUGAUAUAAGGAAUAUUCCGAGUUCAAUGCAAGUUUAGCUCAAUCGACAGCAUUUGUGGUAUAUCUUUAAAAAAAAAUUUUUUUUUAAAUAAUCUGGGUUACAAUGAGGCACUUACAAUGGAAGUGAAAUGGGGCCAAUUUUUAACUAUUAAAAUACUCUGUUUCAAAAGUAUAGCCACAAGAUGAGAACUAUGCUUGUUAACAUGAUUUUAGUGUGAUAAAAUCGCUUGCUAACCUUUUCUGUGUAAAGUUAGACAAUUUUACAACUUCGUUGCAAUCAGUGUAAUUUGAUAAGGCACAAGGUACUAUAUUCUACCUCUGAACGUAUAUUUAUGGUAUCUAAUAUACAAUGCUAUUGCAUUUUUAAAUGUAUUUUAUUCAUUUACAUCCCCCAUAUCCAAGUCCCUCUGCACCACCUAGCUGCCACAUAAAACUAUGAACCCCUACUGGAGUCCGUGAUAUUUUUGGAUACACUGUAGGUGAGCUUUUUCUUUAACAAAUACUCUGUUCUUGUUUCUGGUCUAAAUAAUUUUGGGGGACAAUCAUUAGAAAUUGGUUGCUUGUUAAAAUCAUGCUUUUUUGUAUUUGGGCAGCUAGUGUGUGGCUUGCAGAAUUCAGUACUUGCACCAACCGUAUUUAUUUCCCCGCUGUAGGAUAAUUCAAUUGAUAUACUUGCAUAAUUGAAGUUAAAUACUUGAAAAAUGAAAGAGACAGAAUCUAAGUAUUUAGCUUUAGUCUUGCGCUAAUGCAGUAGUAGAACUUGCCUCGAGAGGAAUAGGAACCCUAACUCUCAAACUAAGAUACUAGCAUGAUGAGUGAAGAUGAGUUUGAUGUGAUUAUAACAGGGAAAAUCAUCCGAUAAAUUGACAUUUCACAUCUGGUAAACAAGAAAAGUGACAUUUGUCAAAUCAAAUGCAAUGACUUGUUCCCUGUUUUAGUAUUUUGUAAUAGUGGUAUCAGUCUACAUAUUAAGUUGAAUGGCUGGUUUACAAAUAUUGGGCUUUUGUAAUUGACCAGAGCUGGCUGUGGUAGAUAAAUCAGACUUAAUAGGGAUGAUAAAUCAGACUUAUAUAUUAGCCUUUAAGUUAAUGGCACAUUACAGCAUAUAUAUUUAUACAGUAUAUUUGAUAUUCUGCAGUGGUACAAUGUUUUAGUUUUUUUGUAACAAGAUACAUUGAUGUUUCUGUUAGGUUAUAUUGCUGUGGUCAUCCAUAUGUCAUGUACAGUGCAGCUGUGCAAAGGCAGAACAGUCCAACUACACACAAAAUUGGAUUUGGAAACUGAUUUGGUAAUGUUGAGUGAAGGUUAAGACCAAAAGGAAGAAACCAAAGCUUUCUCAAUGUUUUCUCAAAUUAUUUCUUUUAUAUAUCGAUUUAACCUGUGAGCGUAAAGGUUGUUAGCUCUCAGUAUUGCACAAACUCGAAUUGGAAAAAAAAAAAUAGAAUUGUAAAUAUCCACAAAUGAUGGUGCAGCUCUUCAGUAUUUAUUUAACAAGUGAAUUUAACCGGAAUUUUACCUAUUUAAUUAACUAACAUUUAAACUGUACUACAUCAAUAUUUUUGAUAGCCAGUGCAGUUUCUUUACAUGUUUGUCAUGCUUGAUAUUUUCUCUUAUUGCGUGUAUUUUUCUCAUGUUUUCUGACAUAGUGGGAAUGGAUGAGACAAAUGUGUAUAACUUGGCUACAUGUAAUGAACACAAUUCUAUUCAUAGUGUAUUUUCUUUUGAUAUACUAGCAUGAAAGCAACUGUGAUGUGAAAAUGUGUAAAAUAGUAGGAUUGCAUUUCUAAAGUGUAUUUGAUAAGAUUUAAGCUUUGUAUAUGCAAGUUUCUUGACUGCUUUGCUAUUAAUUGUACAUAUAUAUUUGAACAGGAGCUUUUUGUGGGAAGCCAGUUGAGGGUAUUUUGUCCCUUAUGCUGAUAGUUUGAAAAUUCUCAACAUGAUGAAAUUAAAGCAAUAUCACAUGUGAUAA